GUGUAUUUAUUUUGUGACGCGAAGCUGCUAGCUGAUUUCUGUAUGUACUGCCUUGGUUCAUGUAUUUCUUAUGCGAAUAAUGGAUCAAAUGGUAAACCUGGAAGUAAGUUUGUCUACAGUUCCUCUUUCUAUAUCAUCAGAAGUGCCACAUCAGUUGGAAAAGCACUGGUUGCAAUUCUUGGAAAUUAAUGGAAACAUUCUGACUUCUCAUGCCAUAUUGUGAGAUGGGGACUGAGAACAAGGAGGUAAUUCCCAAGGAAGAAAUUUCUGAAGAAUCUGAACCACAUGGGGCAAUAUUAGAAAAACUUCCAAAGGUGGUUUAUCAGGGUCACGAGUUUGGAGCAGCAUGUGAAGAAGACAUUUUGGAGGAGCAUUCCAGAGAGUCCACAGAAGAGAUUCUGGAGCAGGUGUCUCCUGAGGAGAGAGACUUUGCAUCAGGGUUGAUUAUCUUUAAGAAAUCACCCUCAAGUGAGAAAGACCAUGAGAAUAAUGAAAGUGAGAGAGUCUACAGUCCUAGCUCAAACCUGAUCACAUAUCAGGGAGAUACUACGGCAGAGGCAGUUAGCACAUUUGCUGCUUCUGGCCAAAACUUCAUAGAGAAUUUAGGACCUAAUAAAACACAUAGAAGUCCUCUGGGAGAAAAGCCUCAUACAUGUAAAGAAUGUGGGAAAGCCUUUAAUCAGAACUCACAUCUUAUUCAGCAUAUGAGAGUUCAUAGUGGAGAGAAACCCUUUGAAUGCAAAGAAUGUGGAAAAACAUUUGGAACUAACUCAAGCCUUCGAAGGCACCUGAGAAUUCAUGCUGGAGAGAAGCCCUUUGCUUGUAAUGAAUGUGGAAAGGCCUUCAUUCAGAGUUCACAUCUCAUCCACCAUCACAGAAUUCACACUGGAGAGAGACCUUAUAAAUGUGAAGAAUGUGGUAAAGCCUUCAGUCAGAAUUCAGCCCUUAUUCUACAUCAGAGAAUCCACACUGGGGAGAAACCAUAUGAAUGUAAUGAAUGUGGGAAGACCUUUAGGGUUAGCUCACAGCUUAUUCAGCAUCAGAGAAUUCAUACUGAAGAAAGAUACCAUGAAUGCAAUGAGUGUGGCAAAGCCUUCAAGCAUAGCUCAGGCCUCAUUAGACACCAGAAAAUUCAUACUGGAGAAAAACCCUAUCUGUGUAAUGAAUGUGGGAAAGGCUUUGGUCAGAGUUCUGAGCUCAUCCGGCAUCAAAGAAUUCAUACAGGAGACAAACCGUAUGAAUGUAAUGAAUGUGGGAAAACUUUUGGCCAGAACUCAGAGAUUAUUAGACAUAUUAGAAUUCAUACUGGUGAGAAGCCCUACGUAUGUAAGGAAUGCGGGAAGGCCUUUAGGGGAAACUCAGAACUUCUUAGACAUGAGAGAAUUCACACUGGAGAGAAACCCUAUGAAUGCUUUGAGUGUGGAAAGGCUUUUAGGCGGACCUCUCACCUUAUUGUCCACCAGAGAAUUCAUACUGGAGAGAAACCUCAUCAAUGUAAUGAAUGUGCCAGAACCUUUUGGGAUAACUCUGAGCUGCUUCUCCACCAGAAAAUUCACAUUGGAGAGAAACCUUAUGAAUGUAAUGAGUGUGAGAAAACAUUCAGCCAGCAUUCCCAACUUAUCAUACAUCAGAGAAUUCACACUGGAGAGAAGCCUUACGAGUGCCAAGAAUGUCAGAAGACCUUUAGUCGGAGUUCUCACCUCCUCCGACAUCAAAGUGUUCACUGUAUGGAAUGAUCUGCAAAACAUGAAAGCCUUCUGUGGAAAAGCUGAAGUCAGACUUACUGUUCUCAGUCUGUACCCCAAGUUCUCACAUCAAAUGAAUGGACAGAACCUCCUCUGUCCUUUUACUGAUUUUUAUUUAAACAGUUGGUCAAAAAGGAUGAGGCACUUUUAUGAACUAUUCAUUGAGAAGUUUCAGUGUACUGAGUUAAAUCAUAAAAGCUGUUUCAGGCCUUAAUUCUCCACUAUCCCUUUUUCCUUUCCUUCCUCCCUCCCCACUAGUGGAUCACAUAACAUUAGGGGUCUUUACUGGCCAUCUAGCCCAAAUUGUUACUGUUCAGGAAAAAUGGAGGAACAUUCCACCAUCACUUCCUAGGAAUGACAGAGUUGACCCCUCGAAUAUUAUCUCCUGAAAUGUUAAAGUCAUGGCCUAGAAGACACACCUCUCUCUUUCCCACUGUUUAGCAUUGGAAUUUAGUAAACUUUUAUUAGCUUCAAAAUCUUCCAAACUUGCUAUCAAGUUCCCUUGGAAGAUGGCAGCAUUAAUGAAGAAGCGGGAAGCUUGGGUCAUUUCCCAUCUCCUGCUAGGCUUCCUCAGUCAUCUGAGAGGGUGCCAUGAUGGAGGAAACUGACAAGCAAUUUAUAGGAUUGUAAGUGAAGGCCCUCAGAAUCCAGAGGGGCUGAUUAGCAAGGCCAGGGGAUAAACAAGUGAGGCCAGACUACUCAGCAUGGGCAGAAGCAGCUCUUUUGCAGCUCUUUCCCACUUCAGGGCCACUCAGACUGACUGCAGAAGCAGCUCUUUUGCAGCUCUUUCCCACUUCAGGGCCACUCAGACUGACUGCUCCCAAGAACUCGCUGCAUUCACUUUGGGCCCCAGCUUCUGCUGCUGCUGACAGAUCCUGUGUCAGGAAAUAACAAAGAGGACUGCAGCUUCAUCGUCACUAGGCUCCUGGCCACAGUGACGAGCUGGUUCACCUGACUGACCAGGACCCUGCCCUGCCGAAGCACUUAAGCUCUCAUGGCCUGGGCCCCACUGCUGGGGUCCCUGGCUGAUAGGCCAGGAUGUGACAGCCUCUUCUCAGUUUGCCCUUGGCUUUGGAAUUCUCUUUCUUCAGCAUCUCUACAUGUGUUUUCUGUGUUCUCUUACGUGUUUUUUUUUUCUUCAAGGAAACACAUCCUUGAUUUGUCAUGUGUCAGUGUUUCUGAGGCAGUGAGUGGUAGUGGGAAUUGCACUAACGGGGAUCCAGCUUGCUUGGGGUCUGGUCUUAGAACUAGACCUUGAAUAAGGCACUUCACCUGCUGAUCCCUAAUUUCCUCAUCCGUAAAAUGAGGGGAGUUGAACUAAAUGAUCUCAAGUUUCAACUGGCCCAAUAAUUCCUUUUUUCUUUUUUAAAAAUUUAAGUUUAUAUAUCUUCAGGGUUUUAUUCUUUAAUCUCUUUAUUACACUAAUACUAAUCACUAGUAUUUAUUGAAUUUUUACUAUGUGCCAGGCACAGUGCCAGACAGUUUACAUUUUUGUUUUCACAGCCUCCCUAUGAUGUGGGUACUCUUUUUUUUAAAAACAAACAAACAAAAUGACUUUAUUGAGGUAUAAUUUACAUACCAUAAAAUUCACCUGUUUAAGUGUUUAGUUGAAUGCUUUUUAAUUUAUGGAGUUGCACAACCAUCAGUGAUGUGGGUACUCUUACCCCAAUUUGAAAGGUGAGGGGCAGGGGAGAUGUCAAGUAACUUGCCCAUGAUCACACAGCUGGUAAGUGCUAGAGCCAAGACUCCAGCCCUGAGCUGUGCUCCUAAGCACUGUGCUGUACUGUGAAUAAGUGCAUGCAUUACUGCCUUAUUCGAAAUCCUUUGUACAUUUUCUAUUCAUUAUUAAUUACUACAUGAAUUUGAAUAUAAUGGAUUUAAAUCAUGUCCUUGGAAACAUAAUUGGUCAUAGCCAAAACCCAUCAAGUGGGUUUAUUCUGUACCCCAAUAUGUGCCCCCACCCCCGGGCUCAUGCCCUUGGCUUGAGAAAAGGGCUGUACAAGUAAAACAGUUGAUGGGGACUUCCCUGGCGGUCCAGUGGUUAAGACUUUGCCUUCCAAUGCAGGGGUGUGGGUUCGAUCCCUGGUCGGGGAGCUAAGAUCCCACAUGCAUCAAGGCCAAAAAACCAAAACAUAAAGCAGAAGCAAUAUUGUAACAGAUUCAAUAAAGACAAAAAAAAAAAAGUCCAUAUCAAAACAAACAGAAAACAACUGAUUACACAGUUUCCAAAUCCUUCCAGGUACUUCUGUCUCUAGUAGUUAGACGUUGGCAGAAGUUCUUUAACUUAUCUCUUUCCAUAGGGUGUUUACAAGUGCAGUGUGCUCUCAUUCCUUUUUCAUCACUCAAGCUCAAAUUGAAUUAUACCCAAACAUAUCUUUCUCACAUGAAACCUGGAUGUUACCUAUUCCCUUAACUUCUUAUUCCUGUGUUUGAAUAUUUUAUUUGCACAUUCACCCCUUGCCAGCCCUUAAUAUAGAACUCAGCACCUCUUCAAGCUCCACAGAAAGGAUCCCCUCACAGAAACAUCCAUGAGUAAUACGGACUUUACUCAAGAUUCUGGUGUGUAAGAGGUGGAGAAGGGGGUUCAGAGAGGGCUGUCACCUCAGCUCCUUUUUAGGCCCUUCAAUAACAGACCACUCAUUGGAACAGUAGAAGGCAAUUUAGUGACCAAUUUUUGUUGUGCCUGAUCAUAUUAAGGGAGGAAGUUCUCACCUCUCAUUCUAAGAAGAAUUUUCCAACAUAUAUUAGUGCUUUCCCAUGAGAAAUUCUGGUGAAUGAAAUUAUUUCCACCUUGUUAUAUACACUAUACACACAUCCUGUAACCUCACUACCUGCCCUUAUCCACCUUACACCCAGCUAGCUCAGAAAUAUUUCUCUCUUUUCCUUGUUUGCCCUCUCCCCCUCAAUUUUCUUGGGAACCAAAAUCUGACCAUAAUAUAAUUGACUGGUAGUCAUAAUCUAGUGCAAGUAGAAUUCUAUCAAGGAAAGAAAAGAUGUGAAUUUUCUUAAUUUUAGACCCAUUAAAAAUACCAGGCCUCACAGUCUCAAAAACCUACCAAAAUACCCAGAAAUACCCUUCAGAAUUUUUGCAGACUUAACCAUGUACAUUUUCAUCCUUCCCUAAUUAAACAGUUUUACUGGUAUAUUAACACUUUAUG